AUGCUUUUAUAUGUGAGCGAAACUGCUGGCAGCGGUGCAUGGAGGUUGGUCGAAGUCCUGGAGAAAAAAUUCGGGUUCAAACGAUGUUUUGCUGAGGGCGGAAGCGUGGACUUAGUGGUGGAGGAGGCGACUGCGAGGUUUACCGAGAACUGGAUAUUGAGCGGAGAGCUGGGACUCGAAGAGCUUCAAAAGCUCGAAAAGCGCCCGUUCUUUGCGCACAUUACGAUAGAUGCGGCUCUGAAACUGCGCGUGGCUGGGUUCGGAGUCGAGAAGAAUGCCGGAACUGGGCCUGCGACGGGCGCUGACGCAACAGCCGGCACUGAAGCAAGCGUAGGGUCACAGCUACAGGCUCUCAUUGAACACACCGAACAGCAGUUGGAACGUAACCCAAGUCUACCCUUGGUCCUGGGACGCGCAGACAUCAAGUUCUACGUGCGAACCCGCGAUAAGCUUGAGUUCGACUGUCUGGCACAGGAGUUGGAUCGUCACCUGCGCGAAAUCAACCAGGGCCGCGAUGUACGCGUACCAUACCACAACACCACGCCCUUGAGGCCUGACUGGGACACGUAUUUCAUGAAGCUCGCCACGCUCGCAGCAUCGCGCUCCAAUUGCAUGAAGCGACGCGUUGGGUGUGUAAUCGUGCGCGACUGCAGGGUCAUUGCCACAGGAUACAAUGGUACGCCGCGGCACCUCGUUAAUUGCCAUAGCGGUGGGUGCCCGCGCUGCAACAAUGGCGACGCGCAGCUCCACGCCUGUCUCUGCCUUCAUGCGGAAGAAAACGCACUGCUGGAGGCAGGGCGUGACCGGGUUGGCCCUAAUGCCAUAUUGUACUGCGAUACCUGCCCUUGCCUGACAUGCUCGGUUAAGAUCGUCCAAACAGGGAUCCGCGAGGUCGUUUACUCGCAGAGCUACCGCAUGGAUGAAGCCAGCUUCAAAGUACUACAGGAGGGCGGUGUGCUAGUACGCCAGUUCAGCGUUCUGGAAAGUCCUAGGUAUACAGUGUUAUAG